AUGUUCUUCAGUUGUAAAUAUGCUGCUCUAGCUUUGCCGAUCCGCGGCUUCACAUCUGCAUCAGAUCCACCCUGUUCAUACCGUUUACUAACAAAAUUUUACGUAUCAAAACAACUGUCAAUCAACACCAAAAUUAGAAUUUUCAAUACAAAUGUCAACACAGUUCUAUUGUAUGGGGUAGAAACUUGGCGAACUACGAAACCCAUCAUUCAGAAGAUACAAGUGUUUCUUAACAGCUGUCUACACAAAAUACUUCUGAUCCGUUGGCCAAACACAAUCAACAAUAACAGUGGAAGAAUAAAUCAAGAAGAAUCACUGGAAGUAAAUAUGACAUACAUUGAAGAAUGCACCGAACUACGUCACAAGUCAAGCCCUCACUUGAAAUCUUCAAGGCCAAAGGAGGCUAGGAAUACCAAAGAACAAAUUAAACUGAUAAAUGGAGAGAGACAUGAGAAGAAAGAACAACAAUUGGAUAGAACUAAAAAUGAUCAUACUGUCACUGUACAUUCGGAUGAUGUUGAGAGACGGAAUACAGCGCCAAAACAUUUGAAGUUUUAUACGCAUUUUACUCAGAAUUUCUACACAAUGAAAGAUCAUGCUAAACUCUCAUUGUGUUAUUUUACAUUUUUACAGAUAUAUCUACGAGCGGCAAUAAAGUAUUGGGAAGAAGCAUUGACAGUCAAGAAACCUGGAAGUGGAAAACAACUAGCAAAAAGGUAUUGUGAAAGUGGAUACUAUUACACAGCUAUUGGGAAUAAUUCCAUAUUUUGUCGUCAGUCGAUGUGUAAACGCGAUGUUAUGUGCGGAAGGGUGAAAAUUCCAGAUCAGUAUGUAGGGGAAUGUUAUCAGGAAUAUUAUAACCGAUUACACAGAACUUACAAUAAUGGAAGUGGAAUACCAUCUGCCGGUUACAUCCUACUUGUUGAUGCUAUAAAUACACGUACCUGUUCUGGUAGUACAGCAGCAUUUGCAUCAUCAUGUUUAAUGGAUGAGGAAACAGAUAGGCCAAUUCUCGGAUUUGUAAAUGUGUGCCCAGGAAAAAUGGGAGUUGAUUAUCCUGAAGAUAGAAAUUCACUUGGAAUUUUCUUGCAUGAAAUUGGUCAUGCACUUGGAUUUUCAUCAUCCAACUUCCCUUUUAUGCGCUUUCCAAAUGGGAAAGCUCGAACUCCCAGGGACGAUAAACGUAAGCCAAAGUACAAAGAUCAAUAUGGAAAUUAUAUUCCGAGUAACAACACUAUCACAAAGAUUACAAGGACAUGGAGAAGUACAGCAGGAUGGUUUACAAAAGACUUUUAUGCUUUUGUUACUCCUAAAAUUCUGAACGCUGCAAGAAAACACUUCACUUGUAACCGGUUAGAUGGAGCAGAUUUGGAAAAUCAAUACCAAACUGGACCGAUAGGAUCGCAUUGGGAGGGAAGAACAUAUUCAGUGAGUUUACUGAAGUAUGAAUAUGAAUUUUGUACAUUCUAA